UCAUAUUCAUAGGUCCGUUUGGCCACCAAAACAUAUGGCCUUUCCUUUUGGGUGGAGCAAUUGUUAUUUAUUCCUUCCUUGUUUCCUUGGUUUCUUACGUUCUACUCUAGUACUGAGUCCGAUAAUUAAUUAAGGAUAAUCUGUAACAAAUCAGCACACCAAGUGUUGGACGAAAUGCCUGAACGAUGGUCUCAUUCAUCGCAGCUCCUUCAACUAACUUCACGAUUUUCCAUCAAUCCAUCUCGUAUUUAAGCUCACCAUCACCCUGCUUCCCCGUCAACUCACUUUUGAAAAGGGGACAAUUGAAGAAGCAUAAGUUUUCUGGCUUUUUCGGGAUUGUUAGGAUGUGUAAGAAUUGGGAAGGGGAAGGGGAAGGGGAAGGGGAAGCUGACCCUACUUCAACUUUGGAGCUUGAACUUUUGGAAUUUAUGAAGAAUUCAAUGAACCCAAACAAGUUUCCUAGUAGAAAGGAGUUGAGUGAUGCUCGGAGGUUGGAUUUGGUACAGGCAAUUAUCACUAGAGGUGGGUGGAUGACAAUGGGAUGGGGGCCUGGGGGAGAUGAGGAUGACAAAGUUAGUGAAGAUGGCUUUGAUACUCAAAAUGGGUAUUCUCGUAAUGGGGCCGAGGGCGAUGCAAAUUCUGAUUUUUGUUCAUCUUCUGGUCGACCGCUAAUCAGAAUGGCAGCUGAAGAUGAUACUGGAAUUCAGGGAAUAUUGAAUCGAUUGGAGAGGCAGAGAAAUUUCAAUUUCGGAUUCAAGGCGUCCAAGCAUAAGGAGUAUGUGAAUGAACAAGAUUAUGGUCACCACAGUCAAAUCCAGGAUGUGGACAGUUGCCAUCUUCACACAAGUGAAACUGCGUUUAGUAGAAAUGGGUUGAAUACAUUAAGUGAUACAUGGAGAACCUGGAGUAUUCAGAGGUCCGGUUUUCCAGACACAGAGUUUGAAGCUGGAGAAAUUGACUUUGGCCAAUGUGCCAACCAAGAUACAGUGAAUAAGCCAAUGAAUGAUAUAGUUGGUGUCUCGACUCAUAUUAGCGAUGCUCAACACGGGACAAAAUAUUUAGAUUCUAAUUACAGAGAAAUCACACAAGGUGAUCUAAAAGCUCGUCUUCAACAUCUGGAAGUGGAACUUUUAUCUGCACUUCGUUCAUUAAGGUCAAACUCCAUUGAUUUGUCUGGAAAGGCUAAGGAACACUUACCUGAAGACUUGAGACAACUUUCUGAUGUUUCAGAGUUCCAAGAAAAUGAAAUCAUGAAUGCGCAAGACAAGCUGAGAUCACUACGUGCGAAGCUAGCUGUGAUCGAAGGAAAAAUGGCUCUAGCAAUAGUGGAUGCUCAAACUAUAUUGGACGAGAAGCAAAAAAGGAUAAAUGAUGCUCGUAUAGCUCUUCAACUUCUUCGUACUACCUGCAUAGUUUGGCCUAAUUCUGGAUCAGAGGUUCUGUUGGCAGGCUCCUUUGAUGGGUGGUCUACUCAGAGAAAGAUGACAAGGUCGAGUACUGGCAUAUUUUCUCUAUGUUUGAAGCUUUAUCCUGGCAAAUAUGAGAUAAAGUUCAUUGUUGAUGGCAUUUGGAAGGUUGAUCCUCUUCGUCCUAUUGUGACCAACAAUGGGUUCGAAAACAAUCUUCUUAUUAUCAAUUGAAAUCGAGGAUCGGCACUUUCCUCUUAUGGAAAGGUGAGAUUGGAGGUGGAUGAUGAAAGUAUAGACGUUCCUAUACGGAUGAUCAUUUCCUGGAGACUGGAGCUGAUGCAAAUUCUAACGUGACAAACCCACUGUAAUUCAGUAAGAAUUAGGUCAUGCUUGUAAAUUCUCCUACCACAAUUUUCACCAUCAUAAUUCUUUCUUCUCACUAUUCACUAACGUCAUUUUGUUGAUGAUUCUUUAAAAUGAAUUAUUUUCCUACUUCGUUGGUGGCACCUUAGUAUCUGACUAUCUGCCCAUUUUUGGCGCAGCUGAUUCAAUCUUUGAAUAAAGUACACAGUUGAUCCUAAUGUCAACAAUUAACCAGACUGACUAUUUUGUCAAAGUAAAGCCAAAUCUAACGAAAUUUUCCACUUUAUGGUACAGCCAAAUGUUUAAGCUGAAAGCACAAACCGCUGACAAUGGGUGUGUUCGUCUAUUAGUGCUUCAAAAACCUGUUUUCAAAAGGUUACUAAAUGCAUGUUUGGUUUAACGUAGUUGUGAGUGGUUGUUAGUAUUAUAAGUUGUAGUUGUGGUAGCUGUAAUUGUACGAUUAGCUAUUAAAUAUUAAAUGUAUGAUUAGUUGUGUAUAUUAAAAAUGUCAAAGAAAAGCAGCAGUUAUAAUAAUUGUUAGAGUAUAAUUUAUUAAGAAAAAUAUGGAGAAAAUUUU